UCCCCACCCCUCCUCCAGCAGAACAGGGUCUUCUCUUCGAGCGCACCGCAUCUCUGGGAAUUUGGUUGAAUUAGUCUUAUAUCGAAAUUCUUUUUGAUUGUUACGCGUCUGUCGGUUUAUUCUAAGAGUGGCUGUUUUUGUUACUUGAGCUGUUUGAGACAGUGUUUUAAUUCAGAUCCUGUCUGGUAAAUAGGCCUGUCCAUUCAUUCCUCAGUUUAUUCAUAUUCAGCCUAAAUACACUCAAGGAAUCAGUGAAUUUUGUGAAGAAAUCGUCCGGACAUCUGCUGUUUCUUUUUUGUACUGAAGGGAUUUUACAGGCAUCCUGCCACAUCUUAACAAGUAUGAAACAGCCCACUCCCAAAACUGAGAUGAGCCGUUUCAACAUCUCUCCUGAAGAAGACAGCAGCAGCUCCAACAGCAAUGAGUACACUUACCAAGACUGUCCUAAAAAGGUCCCACUGAGCGGCCCGUUCACUGACAUAGAUGCAGAGAGUCAAAACUUCCUUCCUGAACACAACCCGGGCAAGAAGAAGUACAACACUGAAUAUCACCAGGGCAAUGCUUCCUUUGGCAUGUCCGUCUUCAACCUGGGCAACGCCAUCAUGGGCAGUGGCAUCCUGGGUCUGUCCUACGCUAUGGCCAACACUGGCAUCGCCCUAUUUGUGAUUCUCCUCGUGGCCGUUGCCAUCUUCUCCUUGUAUUCUGUCCACUUGCUGCUGAAGACGGCCAAUGAAGGAGGCGCACUGGUGUACGAGCAGCUGGGCUACAAAGCCUUCGGCUUGCCGGGGAAACUCGCUGCUUCCUGUUGCAUCACCAUGCAGAACAUCGGAGCCAUGUCAAGCUACCUCUACAUCGUCAAGUACGAGCUGCCCAUUGUCAUUCAGUCCUUCAUGGGAAACAGCAAUGGAGAAUGGUACACUAACGGUGACUACUUGGUGCUGCUGGUGACGCUUUUUAUCAUCCUCCCCCUAUCGCUGCUCAGGAACUUGGGUUACCUUGGUUACACGAGUGGUCUGUCCCUGCUCUGCAUGGUGUUCUUUCUGAUUGUGGUGAUCAUCAAGAAGUUCCAGAUCAAGUGUCCUCUGCCUUUGAAUGAAAGUGCUCUGAAUGAAACGCUAAGCAAAGUUCUGAACACCACCUUGUAUCAACCGAACAACACUGCCGUGGACUACAGCGAGGACGCUUGCACACCGAAGUACUUUGUCUUCAACUCUCAGACUGUCUAUGCUGUCCCCAUCCUGACCUUCGCCUUCGUGUGCCACCCUGCCAUCCUGCCCAUGUACGAGGAGCUCAAAGACCGCUCCCGCAGAAAGAUGCAGGGCGUUGCCAAUGUGUCCUUCCUGGCCAUGUUCAUCAUGUACCUGCUGGCUGCCCUCUUCGGAUAUCUGACCUUCAACGUGCAUGUGGAGCCUGAGCUGCUGCACACCUACUCCAAGAUCAACCAGGCUGGUGUGAUCCUGCUGAUCGUCCGUCUGGCUGUGCUGACCGCUGUCACCCUCACCGUCCCUGUGGUGCUUUUCCCCAUCCGUACCUCCGUCAACCAACUCCUGUGCGCCUCUAAGGAGUUCAGCUGGAUCCGCCACACCGUCAUCACUAUGGUCCUGCUGGCUGGCACUAACGCCCUGGUCAUCUUUGUCCCCACCAUCAGAGACAUUUUUGGCUUCAUUGGUGCUUCUGCUGCUGCCAUGCUCAUCUUCAUCCUCCCCUCGGCUUUCUACAUCAAACUGGUCAAGAAGGAGUCCAUGAAGUCUGUGCAAAAGAUCGGGGCCACCGCCUUCCUGAUGUGUGGCUUCGUGGUUAUGAUCGGCAGCAUGAGCCUCAUCAUCCUGGACUGGAUCCACAACGCCUCAGCCAGCCCGGCCGACGGGCACUAAAGCUCCGCCUCUCCUGCUGCGGCCUGCCACGGAGAGAGGAGGCUCUCAGCGCUGGACUGCUACGACCGCGCAACCAACGAAGAUCAAAACCUAUUGUAAAAGAAGAAAAACACAAGAACUCACUUGAUGCUCGGCUUUGACUUUCUGAGCGCAAACCAUGCCAUUCCAAGAGAAUGUACCGAACAUUGUACAGUAUGCUGUUAUAGGCCACAAAGAUGGUGUUUUACCAGUUUUUUCUCUUUUUAUUGUAACAUUUUUUCAUAUUGUUUUUGCUCAUUUUUAUUUUUAAUGUUCUUUUGUAGUUAAGGUACAGCUGAAAACAAAUAUUUGGAGGUGCCUCAAAUCUGAAAUGACAUAGGCGCAGAGUUCAAAAUGCAGUUUACAUUCAGGUACGGUGGUAUAUUUGCACGAGUGUGGCUGUGACCUCAGAGCCCAGCAACAACUAAUCCUGCUGAGAAAAGUAUGUGAAUCUCCCGAACAUCAAAAAGAGGCAACAGACUUGAAAGUUUAUUCUCCUCAAGGACAAUUAAGUUCCUUCCAACAUUUUUUUUUCUUUCCGUUUUCACUUUGCCAAAAAUGUAUUUGUAAAGCAUCUUUGUAUAUUGAGAAGCACUUACUGUUCAGCACACUCGUGGAGAAAAAAAAAAUCAAGACUUGUCAGUUUUCACAGGCGUGGCCUACUACACCGCCUAUUCAGUAUUCGUAUGAAGGUUUUGUGACCUUGCAUAUAGUGUCAGCUUUCCUUGUAAAACAUAGUAUAAUUCUACAGAACCUGCCUUUUCAAACCCAACACUGGGAGCUACAGAGUAUCUCACCAGAGGAAUCUGUCGAAACUGUAUUUACUCUUUAUAACCUGCUGAAGAUCUUGUUGGAAUAGUGUGUGCAGCGACGACACUACUGCUCCGAGACCUGGAGGCCACCGAGCCUUUCAGGGAAGGGGGAAACUUAAAUUUUUUUCUUUAUGGGAGAAUACUUUGAAUUUGACCACAUGCAGUGGUUGUAAUGUACCUGUUAAACUUGCAAAAAAACAAAAAAGUCAGGUGUGCUCUUAAACACUGACAACCAAACGACAACAAAGAAAGCUAAAGAGAACAUCUGUCACAGUAUUUUGAGUGUUUUUAUGUACGGUUGCGCAGUUUUCUGCUUUCUAAAAUGUUUCACAAUGAAGAACUUGAUAGCUCGGCAUGGAUUUGUUUUCCCGUCGAGUCGUGAACCUGUCAUCUGACGGUGCACUGUGCUUCCAACACUAACUUAACACGUCACCAAACUGUUAUUGUCCAACAUCUAUUUAUGGAAGACCGUGAAAUCAAUGUAAUUUAAUCUAUUUUACUAUAUUUAUAUAAUAUUGUAUGUAUAUAUAUAUAUGUAUAUAUAUCUAUUGAGUUCAACUGUAUAUACGCUUUGUUUUCUUUGAACUUUUUUUUUACAAUAAUGCAUUGGAGCUGUAUAACAAAAACGAAAAACCCCAAGAUGGUGAAUUUGUGAUAUUACAUUGACUCCGAUACACUGGAGCUUGAACUGUUCAUCUCUGUUAAGACUGACUGAAUUAUCCUACUGUGUUGAUUCUGUGAAAACUGUGUUACAUGUGGAAGCCACUGAUACAGCGGCAGCAGUCUUGUUUCCUUUUUCGCCCCUGAACACAAACCUGGAUCAGUAAAAAGACCUUUACGCACAUCUUGGUUGGAGAGUCCGUCAGCCAUCUCUUGACCUCAGGAGCAAAGAGGGCUUUGCCCGCCAGUGUUACACUUUUGUUUCAAUGAAACACUAUGUAUAUCCUGUAAAUAAUGUCCAAUUAAAAUCAAAAAGAUAAUCUAUAA